AUGACUUCCCAUUCUUAUAAAGAACUUGUUCGCAUUAAUAAAAAGAUAUUUCUAAAGGAAUAUAAUUCUGAUGUUAUAAUUUAUGCUGAUGAAGAAAAGAACUUGAAAGAAUUUUUUGCGCAUUCAACUAUUUUGAUUGCACGUUCUCCUUAUUUUGAAUCCGCCUUUUCUAAUGAUAAUACUGAAAAGGCUGGUGAUUUUUAUAUGUUUCAUUUUCAAAAUAUUUCUUCAAAUAUUUUUGAAAUCAUCCUAAG